AUGACUCAAGACGAGUACAAUACUCGAGCGCCGCACAAAGGCAUGUCGCCCGGUCGAUACAUCGCAACACGGUUCUCAUCGCUCAAACCCCCAAUGCACAAUGUGCCGAAUCCUAUAAAAUUACUGCGCAUGUUGAACUCCCAGCAAUGGGCCUUCUUCUUCGUUGCAUUUGUAGCCUGGACAUGGGACGCUUUCGACUUCUUCUCCGUAUCACUCUCGGUGACAAGUCUCGCCAGAACAUUCGAUAAAUCCAAAACCGACAUCACGUGGGGCAUCACUCUCGUCCUCAUGUUCCGAUCAGUUGGCUCCAUCAUCUUUGGUAUCGCAAGCGAUCGCUACGGUCGAAAAUGGCCCUUUGUCAUCAACAAUCUUCUCUUUAUCGUGCUUGAACUUGGAACUGGCUUUUGUCAAACUUAUCAGCAGUUUCUAGCUUGUAGGGCACUGUUUGGUGUUGCUAUGGGUGGUCUUUAUGGUAAUGCUGCUGCUACGGCUCUUGAAGAUUGUCCCGAAGAGGCGCGUGGUCUCAUGAGUGGUAUUCUUCAGCAAGGUUACGCAUUUGGGUAUCUUCUUUGUGCCGCUUUCGCACGAGGUCUCGUCGAUACGACUUCUCACGACUGGCGUCCUCUUUUCUGGUUCGGCGCUUGCCCGCCUGUGCUGUUCAUCAUCUGGCGUCUCAUGCUCCCCGAGACUCAAGCCUACCAAGAGCGUCAGCGCCUGAGAGCCGAAGCCGGUGCAGACGGAAAGGGUAGAGUAUUCAUCAACGAAGGAAAAGUCGCCCUCAAGCACCAUUGGCUCCUGCUUGUCUAUCUCGUUCUUCUCAUGGCGGGCUUCAACUUUAUGAGCCACGGUAGUCAGGAUUUGUACCCUACCAUGUUGGAGAACCAACUCAACUUCUCCAAGAACAAGGUCACUGUUACUCAAGUUGUAGCGAAUCUGGGCGCUAUGACUGGCGGUACUAUUGUCGGUUUCUGCAGCCAGUCUGUCGGUCGACGGAUCAGCAUUAUCUUAUGCUGUAUCGUUGGCGGCGCUUUGCUGUACCCUUACACCUUUGUUCGCGACUCUUCGAUUAUUGCGGCUGCUUUCUUUCAACAAUUCUGUGUCCAAGGAGCUUGGGGUGUGAUUCCCAUUCACUUGAUGGAAUUGUCUCCUGGUGCAUUCCGCACUUUCGUCGUUGGCACAUCUUACCAACUCGGUAACCUCGUCUCAUCAGCUUCAUCCACUAUCGAAGCCCGCCUGGGUGAACGCUUUCCUCUUCCUGACAAUGCCGAGGGUGAGACUCGAUACGAUUACGGAAAGGUCAUCUGCAUCUUUAUGGCCUGCGUGUACGUGUAUGUGAUUGUGUUGACCUUUAUCGGCCCCGAGAAUCUGAGGGGCAAGUUUGAUGUUGCUCACGAUUCGGAUGCGAAGGAGGCCAUGGGUACCCGAGCCAUGGAUCAGGCGGGUCGUCAUGGUAGGUCGAUGGAUGAGGAGAAUGUUCUCAGGGAUAGUACGGAGAAGCCUGAGGUGGCACAUAUGCGAGAUUAG